AUGCCGGGGUUCGACUACAAGUUCCUGGAAAAACCAAAGAGACGGUUCCAAUGUCCUCUAUGUAGUAAGACAAUGCGAGAACCUGUACAGGUUUCUACCUGUGGACACAGAUUUUGUGACACCUGUCUACAGGAAUUCCUGAGUGAGGGGGUCUUUAAGUGUCCAGAGGACCAGUUGCCCUUGGACUAUGCCAAGAUCUACCCUGACCCAGAGCUGGAGCAGCAGAUCCUGUUGCUGGCCAUCCGCUGCAUCCACAGCGAGGAGGGCUGCCGCUGGACGGGCCAGAUGAAGCAGCUGCAGGGCCACUUCUCCACCUGCGCCUUCAACGUCAUCCCCUGCCCCAACCGCUGCUCGGCCAAGCUGACGCGCCGCGACCUGCCCGACCACCUUCAGUACGACUGCGUCAAGCGCAAGGUCAAAUGCGAGUUCUGCGGCAACGAGUUCACGGGCGAGGCCUACGAGAACCACCAGGGUAUCUGCCCCCAGGAGAGUGUGUACUGUGAGAAUAAGUGUGGGGCUCGUAUGAUGCGUAGGCUGCUGGCCCAGCACAGCGUGGCUGAGUGCCCCAAACGCACGCAGCCCUGCAAGUACUGCGGCAAGGAGUUUGUAUUCGACACCAUCCAGAACCACCAGUACCACUGCCCGCGCUUCCCGGUGCAGUGCCCCAACCAGUGCGGCACGCCCAACAUCGCCCGGGAGGACCUGGCCGCCCACGUGAAGGAGAGCUGCUGCAGCGCCCUGGUGCUCUGUCCCUUUAAGGACGCCGGCUGCAAACACAGGUGCCCCAAGCUGGCUAUCAGCCGCCACCUGGACGACACCACCAAGUCCCACCUGACUAUGAUGUGCAACCUGGUGACCCGGCAGCGGCAGGAGAUCCUGGAGCUCCGGCGGGAGCUGGAGGAGCUGUCCGUCAGUCAGGAUGGCGUCCUCAUCUGGAAGCUGGCCGACUACUCCCGCCGGCUGCAGGAGUCCAAGCUGCGCAGCAACCACGAGCUGUUCAGCCCGCCCUUCUACUCGCACCGCUACGGCUACCGGCUCCAGGUGUCGGCCUUCCUCAACGGCAACGGCAGCGGUGAGGGCACCCACCUGUCCAUCUACAUCCGGGUGCUGCCGGGCGAGUACGACAGCCUGCUGGAGUGGCCCUUCUCCUACAAGGUGACCUUCUCCAUCCUGGACCAGAGCGACCCUUCGCUCUCCAAGCCCCAGCACAUCACGGAGACCUUCAACCCCGACCCCAACUGGAAGAACUUCCAGAAGCCCAGCUCCACCGCCCGCAACUCGCUGGACGAGAGCACGCUCGGCUUUGGCUACCCCAAGUUCAUCUCCCACGAGGAGAUCAAGAAGAGGAACUACAUCCGGGACAACGCCAUCUUCCUCAAGGCCUCCAUAGAUAUUCCCCAGAAGAUCAUUGCCUGAGAGGGGUGCGGUUUGUUCCACGUUCUGGAGGUCGGUGGGGGUUAGGGGGGUG